GUGAAAUUUAUCUUUUCAUCUUCUACGAUGAAGAAUGACAAUGAAAUUUCUAAAUAACAUGAACUUUAUAUCGCACAAAGAUGCGUGCAAUGUGGAUCGUUGAUCUAAUCUUAACGUUAAUUUCGUAUCAAGAUGCCGAUAAAACAGAAACGUUCGUCAUAGAAAAAUUAUGUGAAAGAACAUUGAUCUUACAAGCGAAAGCUUAAAUCUUGUAGCAAGAAGAAAUAAGAUGAAGAAGGCGUAAAGAGCCAACAAGAGCUUAAGAAGACGUCGUCCCUGACUUUGAAAGAGGGUAGCAGGGAAUAAGGGGUGAGUUCGCUGGGGGGACUAGAAGCUAGGGUAUGGAGGUGGUAGCGGGGAUGGGGGUUGAAUCAGCGCGGGGGUGUAUGGGGGAAUUAGUAGAUGGCCGUGGACAAUGUGGGGGAUACUUUCUCAUAUCAAGUAUGGCCGCCAUCGUGGCACGAUGGCCAAAACAAUAUGCGCAGUGAAUAAAGUGAUGUUAUCGUUGUUAUCGUCGCCGUUAUCAGUCGCAAGCUCGUGCCUCGUUUAUUAAAAAGGAUUCAUCGCCGUAUCACUAUAAUUAAGAAAUGGAUAAUGGCAAGAAACCAAUCAAUUGUGAACAUUUUGAAUUCUUUUACGUGGGCAAAUUGCUUCUGAUUACGGGCGACGAGUAAUCGAUAAGCUGGUACGAGAUUGGGCCUGUCACGUCCAAGCAAAAUGUCCUCGACGAUGGCGCAUGAGACGACGACGAUAUCGGAAUUGACGGAAUUGGACAGCGAUGGAUCGAGUUGCGGAGAACGCGACGCGAGGAAACGUCUUCGUUUCGACGCGGACUCAACAGGGCCGAAGAAGAGACGAAAACAAACGACGCCCGUAAGAUUCUCCUCGACGUUAAUGCCCGGUGUGCACGAAGAAUCGAACGAGGACGAGGAAGAGGACGAGGACAGCGAAGGUAAGCUGUCGUCGCAAUCACCCAUACCGAGUCAAUCAUCGAUAAGAGACGAGAACUUGAAUAACGAAUUCCGUUGCAAAUAUUGUAGUCAGUUUUUCGAUAGCAAGGAAACGUUGAACGUUCACCUCGAGAAUGAGCACGGUUCCGCGAAUCAGAUUUCGGAACAAAGUCAAAGUAGAUCUCCGAAUUCCGCGAUCAAACAAGAACCGUCUCAGCAACUGGACCAAUCCGAGAAUCCCGUUAAUUUGCUUAGCGUAAAGAACUUCGCGAUAAACUGGCUAGCCACCGGGCAACACGUGCAAUCGCAAGCACAAAUGCAGACGCAGAACGAAGAACCCUGGCCCGGGCCAGCGAGUCAAAUUCCACCUUUACCCAACCACUUGCAAAUCCUUUCUGGCUUUCCUGGCACCUUGGCGCAGUAUUUACCUAUGCCCGCGUUCCCAUUGACGGACUCCGGUUCUAUCGCCAGGCCCUCGUUGGGACCAACGCCGGUUAGGAUCUUUAAUCCGGACGCGUACUGUGAUCUGUGCAAUAAAGAGUUCUGCAACAAGUAUUUCCUCAAGACACACAAAGCGAACAAGCACGGUAUCUACGUCGAUUCACCGGGACCCAGCACCGUCGACAAUAGCAUUCCAGGACCAUUGUUCCCUACCAACUAUCCUAGUAACAUGGUUAAGCUAGAACUGCCCGCGACACCACCCACACCGACCGUCGCGUGUGAUCUCUGCCAGAAACGUUUCAAAAACGAGGAAUCGAUGCGUAAACACAAACAAAAGAUGCACGUUGAAUCAUUGGAUCAAUCGCAAGAGUCUCAGAUCAAUUUGUCGCAAAACGAAGAGGACAGGGAUACGUCGAGGGAUAGUCUCGGCGGUAUGGAAGCGCUGUUUAAGCAAGAAUACGGGAUAGAACAAGAGGAUGCAACGUUCGUACCAGCACCCAGACAUCUAUCGCCUCAAUCGAUUCAACAGGCACGAGAGUCUGGUUUCAGCGCCGAUCGACUUCGUCGUUUAGGGGUUAUAAAUCCAGAAGCGUUUUGCGAGAUAUGUUGUAAAGAGUACUGUAAUAAGUACUUCCUACGGACUCAUAAAAUGAAGAGGCACGGUAUCAUCGUUCAGGACAACGAAAGAUCGCCUAGCAAUCCAGGGACAGCGGCCAGUUGGCAUCAAGUGCAGACCAGUCCGUUAAAUCUGAUCGUGACGGAGAAUCCUGGUAGCACAGAAUCGAACGAUCGAGUCGUCGACGAUUACGAGUGCAAGUUAUGUGGUAUACGUUUCCAGACGAUUGACCUGUAUCAAGCUCACUGUCGGAAGAUGCACGAGAGCGAGGAACAACAAUCGCCUAGGCAAGAGUGCGAGCUAGAUAUAUCCGAUCAACGGAACGAUUCGAUCUCGGAGGAUCUUCAAAAAUUGCAGACGAUGCUGUUGCAACUGAACGGACUCAAGCCUACCAAGGGAUUAUCGUGCAACGUGUGCGGAAAAGAAUGCGAGACCAGAGCAGCGUUGCAUAUUCAUAUGAUAACGGAACACGGCGCCAUCCAAGAAGAUUCAACAUCCUCGCCGCAAGAAAAGUCACCCUUAACUACAACCUCAGCGUUCUGCGCCCUAUGUGGAAAAGAUUACGCGAGUCAAGACGCUCUCAGGAAACAUAUCGCCGACGAACAUCAACCAGCGGUUUCGAAUACCAUUCCUCAAACUCCUACGACCACAGCGACGACGACCAAUUCGAAUUCGACCAGCCAAACUCCAACCGAGAGAAAGGUAACAUCGAUGACGCCAACAUCGAGCUAUUGCGAGAUAUGUAACAAGGAAUUAUGCAAUAAGUACUUCAUGAAGACGCAUAUGCAGAGAAUGCACGGUAUUGAGAUUGAAAAUGGAGCCCAGAUCGGUGGCGUAAUAUGCAACAUUUGCAACAAGGAGCUGUGCAGCAAAUACUUUUUACGCGUUCACAAGCACAACACUCAUGGCAUAGUCGACGAAAAUACUCCCAGUUCGGUAAAACAAGAGACCCACGAGGCAUCAAACGUGGACGAUGCUGCUUUGAAACCGGAGCAACUCGGUGAUCUCAGUCACAGAUAUUUCACCCACUUUACAGAGGUUUGUCCAAUCUGUAGCAGAAGGUUCCGUAGUAUAAAGUGGUUAAAAGCUCACCUGAUGGGUGAUCAUGGGAAAACAGGCAUUGAUAAAUGGCGCGAGAUGGAGCAACAAUAUCAAACAACGCCGAAAUCAGGGAAUAGAACAGCGAAUGUAAUAUCGAAAAACCCUCAACAGAGCUCGAAUUUGAAGAUACCGAAUGGAUUUGAAAUCUCACGGCAAAUCAAAUCUACCGACUACACUGGUUUGGGUAAUCAAGUUUUGUCAAAUUUACUAGGGUCAUCUUCCGAAGAUCAACAGAUGAAAAGCUAUCGCUGUUCCUAUUGCAAUUUCACGACCACCGUGUUACCGUUUCUCUUCCUUCACGAGAGGUCUCACGUGAAUUCCCGUGACAACGAAGGAGAAAAAUCGCUUCAAUGUCCGAUUUGCUCCCAAGGUUUCCAUCAGCCGGAAAUGUUGCAUCAGCAUCUCCUCACGUCGCACCAAUUUCCCACGUUGCUGCCUCAUUUUCAACCCCCUGUGCUUAAUAAUUUAAGUCUGGACGCGGAGAAAUUGAACGAGGCCAAAGAGAAAUUCGAUCUGGAAGCGAAGGAGGACCAUACGAGGAACAGUCCACAAAUUACCACCAAUCAAAAUAUUCCCGAACCGAUGAGAAACAAACAACAGGACGAAACAGCGGUCCAAGUUACUCCUCAUGGUGUAUAUAAGUGCGCACAGUGCGGUUACGCGACGACCAACUUAAAUAGAAUUAAGAAGCACGUGAGAAAAGAUCACAAAACGAUCAGCGAUCCUACCGAUAGCGUGCUCGCCGAGCUUAGCAGAACUUUGAAAGACGUUGCCAACAAACAUAAGGUACCAGCUUGCUACGCAACGCCACAGGAUAUGAAUUCCAAUCCUGAUAAAACGAUCAUGCAGCCAUUUUUAAUCGAAGAACAGGACACGAUGCAAGCUGGAGAGGAAUCCAGCUCGGAAAAACGGUUCGCGCCGGCUUUGGUCUAUCUGCCGGUUAAAUCGCGAAUCAACAACGCGCUCACUGCAUCCUUCACCCUCAGUCCUGCUUGAAACUCUUCCUUCUUCGCAUCUACUCCUAUGGAUUUUACAACUUGUUUCUACGUCUGCGAUUUGAGCACGUGUUAUCAGUUCCUACGUAAAGUAUAAGAAAAUAGUUAGCGAAAGUUUAUAUAUUUUUCAUAUACGUGGCUCGUCGAGGGUUCAACUCAUUCAUCGUUUAGCGUACGCGUACUAUCUUGGUGAAAACGAUUCACUACAUAUAUUUCCUGGAUAUUUGCCGACGAAUUUUCAUCCUACGCUUUUCUCGUGCAGUGAACGAGGAUCUAAGAAAUGCGUCCGCGUAUUGGCCUAUUUUUUUCGCUUGUUCGAUGACUCUUAUCACGACGUAUAUCGCAUAUAUAUGUAGAGAGUACUUAUCAAAAUUCCAUGAUUCUAUUUCUUUCAAAGAACAGAAUGAGAAAACGGAACCCGCAUUUGAGAGCCACGUUGUUAUACUGUUCCAAUUCCGGAACGUUUUAUUGUACAUAAUAUAAUUGUAUAACCGACACGAACGUGUGAUCGAAAAAGUUCCUAUUUUAAAUGUGACCGACCUCCGAAGAGAGUAUACUAGAUCGUGUCUAAUCUUUCGAGCAACAGCCUCCUUUGUUCGUUUUAAUUAUUCUCGUAAUGCCGUAAUUUUGCUUUUUGCUCAAGUCCAGGAAUUACGAGCGAUACAAGACAGAGAUGAAAACGAAAGAAUUACGCGACGCCAUCUCGAUAUUCGGGCGUCGUUAAUACUUAACUGUAUCGAUAUACCGGUGGUUUUUCAUUUUUCGCGAUUGUGCUAGUCAAUAUUUUAUAUAUAAAUAUAUAUAUAUAUAUAUAUAUACAUAUAUGUAUAAGCAAAGUUGAAAGGUAGGGAAGAAGAUUUAUAGAAGUAUUUAUAUGUAGACGCGUUAAAAUACGAUGAAUAACGUGAGGAAAAAGAGGUAACGAUAAAAAUGGAGGACGAAAGAAGCGUAAUUACGGUAACUGUGAGGCAAGCAUGAUUAAAUCUAUGGUUACGAUAUUCAAGUAUCAACGAGCAGUGAAAGCCAAUCAACUCAGGGUCGACACAGUAUAACCCGCAACAAAAAGUACAAUCGUAUACACAGCCAACGCAUUACAUAGAAUUAAAAUAAAUAUAUCGAUAUAACGUUUCGCAAGCCGCGGAUAUCAAAUAUACGCCAAUCGAUCUCUUCCCGUUUUCAGAAGGGACAAAACGACCACUCGAGAGAUAUUCGACUGUACGAUACCCGUUUCUUUAAAUUUUAAACGAUUAAAACUGUAUGCGCCUCUCUGAUUAUCUAUCUAAACUAUUUAAACAGUAAGAUCUUACAUAGUCUAGUCGUUUACAAGAAAUAGCAAACGUUACCCCAACGAUGUCGGAAACGUAAAGUUCCUUUCCGAAAUGAUGUCUCAACCUCGUGCCUUGCAGCUGAAGAAACUGAGAAUCAAAAUUUCGUUAUCGCCAUAUAAAAGAGUCGAAUAGAAGUUGGACACGAUUCGAGUGUCCACGAUGUGAUGUCGUUUACUUCUGUCGUCAGUAUAUACAGAAAACAAUUCGUACCACGAUAAUCCUCUCGAUCUCGUAAUGGCAGUUUCCUCUUUCUCUUUACCGUUCGUGUAAUCGUACCACUCUUAUCCGCGACGAUCGACCUCACCGGUUAUAACGCUCUUCGAUAUGGUCGCGUGUUAUUUAAAUUUCAAUAUAGAAAGAUAUAUACAAAAUUAAAAAAUAUCCAAAAUUUGUAAAAAGUACAUAGCAUAAAAAAGUAAAAGAGAAGACGCACAGAUGCGAAAAGGUUACAUGAUUGAUCGCAUAGUAUUUUAUAACCGUGUUUCCAAUUCUUUCACGGUUAACGGUCAGCAAACGUUCGAUCGAAACGUUGUAAAAGACAGCUGGUUUUACAGUGUGACCAGUGGAUAGCCAGGCGUGCAGCCGUUCCGAACUUACCUCACCUCCCAAAAUGCAUUCUUUGCACCGGUGGGGUCCCUUCGAUCAACAAACAGGCGCGUUACGUUUCCGCCUGCGACGCACGCCUACGCAUUGUUAACCCUGGAUUAUGGUAUAAUAACGCGGCUCGUUUCGGCGACUUUCCUAUAUCCAAUAAACGACAUAGGCACGUUAAUUCGGAAGGGAAUUUCAAACGGCACCCGGUAGCUUAAGCCGACUUACAUUAUUUCACUUUGGUUUCAUCGGCGAAAGAAAACCAGGAUGAGAGCAGCGUUCGUUCGCCGUGUUCCUUUAAAGCAAAACAGUGUAAAUCCGACUGUAUCGACCGCGAGACGAACCGGACAGCCAUUGAAUAUACGUAUAUCGAUACGAACAAAACGGACGGUAUCCAGUAGCGAUUCGAUAAACGCGAACGGUCAUCAGGCCAGAACGCGUUCCGCGCGAUCUAGAUUUAUGGCACAUCGGAAGCAAAAACGGUAGUCUCGACCGACCUUUGUCUCAGCACCCAUAAAAAUUUCCCUGGGACAGCUGAAAUUCGAGAACCGCGUCAUUUAAUAGGACACGUCCAGGUUUUUCGGCGAAAAUACGCCUGAAUUAGUAUGCGCGCACGCGUGCAUUAACAUAUUUUAGGGGAAGCCAGAGGAGGAAUCGGCCAUUACGAAUCUAUUGAGAGAAGAAGAGAGAAAGAACGAACGAAAUGUAUAGAUGAGGGGUACGGAAAUUAGAAGAGCCGGCGAUCAAAGAAAAAGAGGAAAAAAGACGGAGAGAAUUUUUAGUGGCAUUGUCGAGAUGGCGAGUUGGGUCCGGGCAAACGGUCUCACAUCUGGUCCCCUUGUGUGAAGGUCAUGUAGGAAAAAGGUCGUGACCUUGGCCGGGAUUUUUCCGAAAAAGUCCGACAGAAACGAGCCAAACGAAGGGGGAGGAGGGUGGAUAGCACGUAUCCUGUCCUUCCUCUCUCCCUUUCACCAUUUUUCUCGCCCCACGGACGAACGGUGACAUGCAAAACGCACGCGUCCAUGUAAAUCGGUACCCUCUUAAUUGCAUCCCAUGGAACUAUGCGUAUUGUGCACUUAAUGGCCCGUGCGCGGCAACGAGGGUCGUAGAUUUUAAUUAUUGUAACGACUCGCAGUCGAUAAUAAAUCGAGAGCAACGCCGGGGGCGUCAUGGUUUUUCACGUGCUGCGUGCGAUUUAUAUCGCCACGUACGAAUGAUUACGCGAUAAAAUAUCACGGUUCAUUGUGUCGAACAGCUUUUCUUUCUUCGUUCCAUUUUUGAUAGAAAUUCGCGGAAUUUCAUGGAAACUCACGGACCCUUGUCAACGUGUACGGAAAGAAAAUCAUGACGAUCCUAGCCAUCGGGGAUCAUGAAAUUUCACUGCAAGCGGCGUGUCCCGAAACGAGUAUUGCCUUGACUAACAUAAUUGAGCGCAAAAUCAAAUUUUACCAGUUUAAAUCAAAAUGAUAUAAACUCGAAAUAUAUUUAAUAUAUAUGUAUAUAUAAUAUACAAUAUAUAUAUAUUGAUUAUAUAUACUGAAAAAUUAUGUAAGUACGUCAUAGGCUAAGCGCGUUUCGUACUUAAACGAAAAAGAUGAUAUAAAUAUACAUAUAUAUAUAUAAAUAUAUAAAUGAAUAUAUAUAUAUUUAUAUAUAUAUAUAUAUGAUCUGUAUUAUAAUAUUAUAUGAUCAUACGUGUUUAAUAAGCGUAUCGUUUCAUAUAAAGUGUUCUGCGCGUCUAGAGAAAUUAUUUUUAGCCCGUCUAGUCAUUUUGGACAGAAUUUACAAUUCCAGAAACUGUUCUAGUCACACGACACAGUCAAAGAAUCAUAUACAUAUAAAUAUAUAAUAUGAAUACACACGAUAUAACUAACCUUGAAUGGUUUAUUGAUAUACAAGAUCGAUCGUAUAUUUUUAUAUAAGGUUGCGAAAUAAGGAAGUUCUUCCUUUGUUGUUUCCCAUUUUGUAUUAUUUUAUAUAUUUAUUUUAAUUUAUUUAUUAUAAUUUAUACACGUACGAUCGUAACGGUGUGCAUAAAUAAAGUAUUUUUCAUUUCUUUAAGUUCUGUUUUAUAUGAUUUUCAUUUCCUUUCGUUUCUUAUUUAUAUAGUUACUUGAAACCAACCGCUUUUACGUUCCCAUUAAAGUUUUACUGUUUUGCCGUUGCACGACAUCAACUUGUAUAAUUCAAUUUACUCAAACGUCAAUGCACGUCAGAUCGAUCAAUUUCGCUGCCCCGCGUUUUAAAAGGUGCCACUCCUACGAGUUUUUCAACGCGAUGCGAAAGGGUGCCCUGACAAAUUAAAUGUGACAAAUUGCUCGCGUGUCCCGCACUUUUGUCGUUUUAUCGAACAAAAAGUACAAGUCAAACAUGACCGUAUCCGGUUUCCUUUCCAGUACAAUUUUUUUUUUUUCAUCACACUCGCAACAACGUAGAAUUGGGGAGAGAAAUUGGAAAGAAAAAGAGGGGUGGAAACGCGAGGAGAGUCGGAGGGAAAGAGAAGAAAGAAAGAGUUUCCCUUUCUCGAUGAUUCUUCGUGAGCAUAGCGAGGGAUAAUAUUUUAUGGGCAAACGAAAGGAAAAGCGGGUUGGUCAAUUUUCAGUGAGGGGGAGAGCACGAUCCAAAGACGUGAAACGCUUGCGCUAUAUCGGAGUUUUCUUUUUGGUUGAUGGCCGGAGUCAACGGUUUGAAAAGGGAAGGCGGAAGGCAACAGUUUCUAUCUCUCUCGAUCCAACGACCACCAAUGAGUAAAUGACACACAGCUAGCCCCUACUCUCGUACGUAAACACACAAACGUACGUACACACCGAAAAUUGGACGUCUACCCACCCACACCCACCGGGGAUAUGUAUAAAAAUCAAUAACAUCUUGCGGUUUCCAAGAGCUCCGAAAACGGGGAAAUAUAUAUGGAGGGGAAUUACAUUCCCUCCUAUAGACAAAAGAACCGCCAAUUUUUCAUUAUCGUUCGCCUUGGGGUAUUAAUUAUCGAUAACAACCUUAACCAGCCUCGAUGAAGAGAAACCAUACGAGGAAAUUGGUUUUUUUAAAAUAGAGAUGAAUGAAAAUCAAAAAAUAAAUAAAGUAGAGAAGAAAAUAACAAAACCAUAAAAAGAUGAAAUAAAUCUCUCUUUAUUUCGUUCUCUAAGAAUCCAACGACAAUAAGUCUUUUCAAGAUAGAACGUACCUAUAUAUAUAUAUGUAUAUUUCUUUUUUUAAUACAUCGAUACCUCGUAUUUUUCAAGUAUUGCCAAGGGCAAACGUGAAACGACGUUUUUUAUUUUCUCAAGCGUUGCCAUAUUUUCCAUUUACAUGUUCACCUUGCAAAAUUGUACACGAGGUAACAGUACAUGCAAUGCGACGGCAUUGUCAGAGUAUGUUAAGAGAAUAAUACUGACAUUUUAAUAAGAAGGCGAACUGCAUCGAUAUAACAAAGCUUCAAAUGCGGCCGAUGUUUCGUUUAUCGACUUGCUUCCUUUCACCCUACAUAGGAUAAAAUAAUCGGGAUCUUUGCCUGUGUUCCCCCGUCAAUUAUUUACGAAGGCAGCGGCGAUGGUGGUGAUAGUAGCGGUGGUCGCGUCUCAAAGUUCGUGGUAAAUUUAAGAAAGGUAUCGAACCGUACACAUCCCUCCCACUUUCCUGGUCCACCCCGUUUCUCCUACUCAUCAACUACCACAACCGCAACGUUGCUUAUACCCUGACAAGGAAGUGAAUUGCAAUUAUCAAAGCCUCUCCCUUCUCGAAUCCAUUCCCCUCCUCUCGAUACACUCGCCCCUUUCGUCUCUUCUUCCUUGGCUUCACCGUUCACUUUCUUUCCCCUAUCGUCCAACAACUUGGAAAUUUCAUCCCCCCGUAAUAAUUUCGCCACCACGGACACUACCACACACAGUCGUGACCGCCGUCUUCAACGAUCAAAAGAAUCCACGUGGCGAGAUGAGGGUCGGCGAAAUAUUUCGCUACGUAGCGAAUUUCGUGAAACCCUAUUGUUCGAUCUUACGAAUGAGAGUGUCACCGCCGAAGAGAAGGACGCUCACCGUAGACAAAUUUCGACACAAAUCAAAGUACGGUAGAGUCUCAACGACGUUCUUUGUCAUUUAGCCUUUUCUUCUGCGAAGAAUGUCCUAGGAUACGUGUAACUUUUUUAUCGGGAGGAUUAAAAACAGAACCAAGUAGCUUGUCUAUUGACACGAUUUUCAUCGAAAUCGCGAGUACGCGUUCGAACGUAAACACGUGAUAUCGUAUCGGACGAAUAUAUAAAAUAUAUCCAAAGCAACGCGAUAAACGAAUCUCGUAUCAAAGUAGCUUCCCUUGAAAACCGUGCUACGGAGAAAUGAAAUAUCGAUGUCAGUUGCCUUACAAUACCGUUGCUAGAAUCGUGUAACAUUGAACAAAAAAUUCGAGUGCGCGUAAAAUAAAAAGGCUGAAAUUCACGAAAUCCUUUCAUCGAACUCACCCUCGUUUUUCUCCGCGCGACAAAUACACGAUCGCUUUUCCUUUCUCUCUUUUUUCCUUUUUUCUACGAAUCAUAUAUGCACACACACAUACACGUACGAACAUACACGUAUAAACCCUUUUUUCCGGUUCAACGAUUUCCGUGGGGAAUAUUCAGCAAAAUCCGCGAUUCGAGAAAAACUUGGCCGAACGGGGUGAAAAUAUCGGCAUUGUUCGACGGUCGGUUUUCGGAGUUUUAAAAAGGGGCCGCGGAAAAGGCGCA